AUUUCAAUCCAAGUUGAAACUCUGGCUAAAAUGUGCCGAUUACGCGGCAUUUAUAUUUUAGCCGCAGUUUUGGUCUACCAAGCCGAUCUAUCUUUUUCAGACAAAAAAAAACAAGAUGUCAAAGUUGUGAUACAAAAUCGGCAAUGGGGACCAGAAGGUAAUUUACCGGGAUGGGGAGCGGCGCCUGAUUGGGCGCCAGAGUUCACAGAAAAGCCAACCCUGCCGCCGGACCCACGUUCCAAGUUUACCUACAAGUGGGCGGACUUAUGUCCGCCAUGGCCUCGAUGCAAUGUUUAUCCAAAAUGUUGCCAACGAUCGGGUCGUGUUGGAGGCUACCGUCACACUACAGCCUGCGUGAAUUAUAAGAAGGACAUUUGUCCCUCUGAAGAUCAGGAUGAAAUCGAAUUAUAUUAACAAAAGUUAACAUUCGGUUAAUUUUGAUGAAA